AUGGCACUAGCCUGCAUUGUUACGUUUCUCAGCUUAGUGCAUCUCCUCAGCAGUAUGCCCCUGCAAUGUGAACUCCUGCUUCCACAAAUCCCAGACAACACUACAGCAUCCAAGCUGCUGGGGAAAUGGUUCUACAUAGCUGGUGCUUCACAGUUCCCCUUUCACCUGCUGGAAAUGGUGCUGAUAGAUAAUGGUUAUCUUGAUGUGAACCCUACUGAACAGGAGCAGGAGUUACUCAUCAACCAGCAUGUCACAGUUGGGGACAAAUGUCUCUCAAACAACUCAACUUACCUUGAAGUCUCUAUCAAUAAUGCCACACUGAUCAAGUAUGCCAAGAACCAGCGCACCAUGGGGAAGCUUAUGAACAGCAGUUCCGAAGAAAUUUUCCUCAUUCAAUACCAGAUGCAUAAGGAGAAGAACUACGCAGGAUUGUAUCUUUAUGCCCGGAACCAAAACAUGAGUAAAACUCAGUUGGAGGAAUUCAGAGACCAUGCUAAAUGUCUGGGUCUUCGUGAAGAGGAAAUAAUUUAUGCACCAUGGCAGAAGAAGGAGCUAUGCCAAAUGAAAGAAACCAAACAAAUGAUUCCCCAGGCAAGGAGACCCCAGCUCCAGUACUAG